AUGGUAUCGUGUGCACAAUAUUGCAUGUUUAUUUCAGCACCUGGUUGUAUUUUUAUGACAUAUUUGGGAUUGAUGAUAGCAAUAGGAUCUGAAACCGUUUAUGUUGUACCUCAUAGUAGAGUUGAGGGAUCUUUUGCAUUGUUUAUAACAGCAGUGGUAUAUAUAUAUAUGAUUCAUAACAAAAGUUAUAUGCGAUAUUCUUUGCUAUCAGUUAUAAUAAUGAAUAUUCUCAAAUAUAAAGAUAAUAGAAUGUAGAUGAAUGGAUUAAUUCAUAAGAAAUUAGAGAAGCUGAAGUAGAGAUGUCAAACCUUCCUAAAGAAAAACAAUCAGAAUAAUAAUUAGUAGAUUAAUAAUGA